AUGGCGCCUGUAAGCAGCGAGCCGGAGCAGAUUCGGGUCGCGCUCAAUUCAGCUCGACGAAAGGCGCUGUACAAUCUCGUGAUAGCAAUCACUGCAUACCAGCGUAGCCAGAUAGAGCUGCCCCGCGAUUCCCCGGAAGGCUCGCCUCCACCGCUGCCCAGCAGAACAGCAAGUGGGAGUACAGGCUCCGCCGAGAGCCCACGAGCUCGAGAUCAGCGCAGAGAUCCACCACCGCCCGAACUCAUUCGGCUGCGCAAGGCCGCACUGCGACACUUCGACUCAUGGCGCCAUGAGGUGCUGGGUAAGCUAAAAGAGAUCGCGAUUGCACCCGAUGACCAGAAGGUUCUUGAUGCACGCAGAAAGCGCGAUGAACUCAUCACGAAGAAGAAAGCAGAGCAGCCCCAAGAGGGCGAGGACUUGAUCAGUUUUGACAGUGCCUCUGGGAUGUGCGUUGUGAAGGAUUCGAAGGAGAAACUAGAGUCUAUGCAGCAUUUAUACCAUCCGAUACCUACCAGGUUGACCACCAUUCCUAUGGAUGAUCGCAAGGAAGUGUUAAGUAGCACUUUAAUCAUGCUCCUUAGCAUUGGCAACUAUUCUGCCUACUCUCGCGCAUUAGUUUGUUAUCUCGCUUCGGCUUUGGAGAUCUCGCCUUUGUUCUUAGACAAGGAAGAAGUCGAGAUCGCAACAACGAUGGUGGAGACGGCACAAAAGGCCGAAGAGGAGAAAAAGAAGAAAGGUGCAAUGUCUGCCGAUGGUGAAGCAAAAAAACGCGCAGAAUCCGGGCAGGCCGGCCGCUUCUGGAAAGUCGGACUGGCUUCGGUCGCUGGUGCAGCUAUCAUUGGCGUCACAGGCGGACUGGCAGCACCACUUGUCGCUGGUGCGGUGGGAGGACUGAUGGGAAGCGUUGGGCUUGGAGGGCUUGCCAGCUUCCUUGGCGUCUUCUGGAUGAAUGGCGCCCUAGUCGGUACCAUAUUCGGUGCUUAUGGCGCGAAGAUGACAGGAGAAAUUAUUGAUAAAUACGCCAGGGAAGUAGAGGACUUUUGCUUCUUGCCACUUGCAGAUGAAUGGGGCGAGCAUUCUAAGAAGGAAGGACCCGCGGCCCGACGACUGAGAGUCACGAUCGGAAUCAACGGUUGGCUUAAGGAAGAAGGUGACGUCACCAAGUACUGGCGUCCAUUGGGUGACGAAACUGAAGUCUUCGCCCUACAAUACGAGGUGCAGAGUCUGCUAGGCUUGGGUGUUACGCUCCAGGAUAUGAUCACUUCAUACGCCUGGGCUAACAUCAAGGUGGAGAUCAUAAAACGGACAGUGUUGGCGAGUCUAUGGGGUGCUCUUUGGCCCAUCCAUUUGGUCGCAAUGGCUAGUAAACUCGACAACCCUUUCAGUUUGGCCCGUAACCGAUCAGAAAAAGCAGGCAAGAUUCUUGCCGAUGCCUUGAUUAACAGAGUCCAAGGGGAGCGCCCGGUGACCCUUGUUGGUUAUUCGCUGGGGGCCAGAGUUAUCUACUGCUGUUUGAGAGAAAUGGCAGAUAGGAAGGCGUUUGGCUUGAUCGACAGUGUGGUACUUAUUGGAGCACCUAUACCAUCUAACCCAGGACACUGGCAAAUGAUGAGGACUGUCGUAUCUGGAAAAUUGUUCAAUGUCUACAGCGAGAACGACUUCAUUCUUGCUUUCCUUUACAGAGCUACAAGUGCUCAACUCGGCAUCGCUGGCCUGCAGCGAAUUAGCGACGACGUCGCAGGCGUUGAGAACCUCGACUUGAGCGAGGACGUGCAAGGUCAUUUGCGUUAUCCGGAGCUUAUUCCUAAGAUCUUGAACCGGUGUGGCUUCCUCGAUGUCAAAGGAGGCGAAGGUGAAAUUCCCAAGGAAGAAGAUAGAAUUGACUUACACGACAAAGACUUCGCGGAGUCUGGUAAUCUCAUCGAUAUAGAUGCUUCUGAAAAGAAGAGGCUUCAGCCUUCCAAACACACUGAGGAACAGAUGGCAAAUGAAAAGUUCGAUCCAACGGUCGCGGAAGAGCAUAAAGCUAAACCUCCAAGCCCAACAGCCACAAAAUCGCUUUCGCCACUACCAGAAGCAAGCGAUCCAUUGACGACAUGGAAUGCUGGUGCGAGUUCCGGCCAAAACCACGGAAAUCGGGCAUUCAAGAAUGAUGCACUCCCAAAUCGUGCUGAGGUCGAAGGAAUGCACGGUCACGACGACGAACAUGACGACUCUGACGAGGAAGAAUUCGGUGGUAUACAGAUGCAUGAUCACGAUGAUGAUAUGAUCACAGUGGAGCCUUUGAGCAUAGACGAUCACCAUCGGUAA